GAGAGUCACAUUUCGUUGUAGAUGCGUGUGAGGCUGAUGGACCAGAGUAUGAUUUUUUUGAUUUGUUCUUAAAUUAAAUUUAAAAGAUCCUAUCUUUGUGGUGUUGAAAAUCUGAAAGGUUUUGAACCUGUUAUCAAUUUUCCAAUAAGUGACCUUGGAUAAUUCUAGAACAUUUUUUAUUGUGAAAAAUGUCUGUUACAGCUGGAAAAGUCAUAACCUGCAAAGCGGCGGUUGCCUGGGGCCCAAGGCAGCCCUUAAAAAUUCAGAUGAUCGAUGUAGCUCCUCCAAAAGAAAAUGAGGUGCGAAUAAAAAUUAUGUAUACCGCAGUAUGUCACACUGAUGGAUAUACCCUAAGCGGUGAGGAUCCCGAAGGAAUUUUUCCAGUAAUCUUGGGACACGAAGGUGGGGGUAUAGUUGAGAGUGUGGGUAAAGGUGUUGUUAAUGUACAACCUGGUGACCAUGUUAUUCCGUUAUAUACACCACAAUGCGGCGAAUGUAAAUUCUGUAAAAAUCCCAAAACAAAUUUGUGUUCAAAAAUUCGUGCCACCCAAGGUAGAGGUGUAAUGCCCGAUGGCACUAGCCGGUUUACAUGUAAUGGACAGGAAAUUUUUCAUUUUAUGGGUUGUUCAACAUUUAGCGAGUAUACAGUAGUUGCAGAUGUAUCUGUUGCAAAAAUUAACAAAAAGGCACCAUUGGAUAAAGUGUGUUUGUUGGGUUGCGGAGUAUCUACUGGGUAUGGUGCCGCAAUAAAUACAGCAAAGGUGGACAACAAUAGCUCGUGUGCAAUUUGGGGACUUGGCGGAGUUGGAUUAGCAGUGGCACUGGGUUGCAAGGCGGCUGGCGCUACAAAAAUUAUUGGGAUUGACAUUAAUGAAUCAAAGUUUGAAAUAGCUAAGAAAUUUGGUUGUACGGAAUGUAUCAAUCCAAAAAUGUAUAACAAACCAAUACAAGAUGUACUCAUUGAAAUGACAGACGGAGGACUGGAUUAUACAUUUGAGUGUAUCGGAAAUGUGCAAACUAUGCGUGCAGCUUUAGAGGCAUGCCAUAAAGGAUGGGGUACUUCCGUGAUAAUAGGAGUUGCCGGUGCAGGUCAGGAAAUAAGCACUCGUCCCUUUCAGCUAGUAACUGGGCGUGUUUGGAAAGGUUGUGCUUUUGGAGGAUGGAAGAGUAGAGACAGUGUACCGAAAUUAGUGGAGGAAUACCUAAAUGGAAACUUAGUUUUGGACGACUUUAUUACACAUUCACUUCAUUUGGAUGACGUGAAUGAGGCCUUACAGUUAAUGCAUACUGGUGAAAGCAUCCGGUCUGUGCUACAGGUGGGUACAGUGUAAAAUGGAACAAACAGGACAUAUACUUUACUCUAACAUUCUUUGUGCGAGAAGCUGAGAAACGCCUGUAUCUUGUAUGGAGAUCAGUAAUAAAAUAAAUUCACGAUCGCCUU